AAAACACAAAUUUCAACUUUCAACAUAAACGCAAUUUGUAUUUUUCUCUGUUAGUUUGUAUUAAUUUACAUUUAUAAUAUUUACAUUGCUGUACAUAAUUUUUCAUGUAGAUGUUCCACAAGAAUCGUAGUUUAAAGUAUUAAUAGCUCAGUUCAACCUGUGCAUUUUUUCUACUCACCAAAAAUUGUGUUAAUUUAAAAAUUAUAACAAGAGUUGUAAGACAAAAUGUCGUGUCCUAUACAAGAUGUUGUAGAAGAAGAUGCAGCCGACUUGCAGUUUCCAAAAGAAUUUGAAAAUGCAGAAACUUUACUAAUAUCUGAAGUGGACAUGUUGCUAGAACACAGGAAGGCACAAAAUGAGUCAGCAGAGGAGGAACAGGAAUUUUCAGAAGUGUUUAUGAAGACAUUGACAUACACCAAUAUGUUUAAAAAGUUUAAGAAUAAGGAAACAAUAGCUGCUGUCAGAAAUCUAUUACAGUCUAAGAAAUUGCACAAAUUUGAAGUAGCAAGUCUAGCAAACUUAUGUCCAGAAACACCGGAAGAAGCAAAGGCUUUGAUUCCAUCACUGGAAGGUAGAUUUGAAGACGAGGAGUUAAGGAUUUUACUUGAUGACAUUCAAACCAAAAGAAGUAUACAGUACUAAUUUCAUACAAUUUAGCAUUUAUAAAAUUAAAUUUUUAAACCUGAGAAA